AGUUAGCGGGAGGCAAACAAAACAGAGGGAGCGAAAGAGAGAGGCAGAGAGAGCCAGGAGAGUCAAAUUCAGAAAGAAAGAAAGAAAGAGAUUUAGUGGUUGUUAUUUCGUAUGGCAGCCCUAAUCUCUUUCCUCUCUUCUAUUCCUCCUGCGCCUCCUCCUCCUUCUCCCUCUCAACGUCGUCGUUUUCUUCCCAUCACUUCCUUCCUUUUCUCUUCUCCCUCUCUUUCUCCUCCUCGUCCUCCUCUUCGUCUCCGUUCCGUCUCGGGUAACUACGGAAAACGCAGAACCUUUAUUGUUUGUUCAUCAUCAUCGUCUUUUGAUGAUCUCGGUUCGCCAUCGAAUUCGAGCUCCGCUGGCUCCUCUAAGAAAUCGUUUCUCUCAGAUAUGAUACAAGAGAUCGAACCAUUGGAUGUGACACUUAUCCAAAAAGAUGUUCCUCCCACCACCUUGGAUGCAAUGAAAAGGACCAUCUCAAGCAUGCUAGGCUUACUUCCAUCAGACAGGUUUCAAGUUUCUAUUGAUGCUUUAUGGGAACCUCUCUCUAAGUUAUUGUUUUCUUCGAUGAUGACUGGGUAUACAUUGCGGAAUGCUGAAUAUAGGCUUUGCCUUGAAAGAAACCUUGAUAUAAAUGAAGUAGAUCAUGAAAGUCCAACGCCAGAAAGUUCCAAAUUGGAUUUGCAAGAGAUGUUGCUUAGUAGUGACAAAAUAGAUGAACAAUCUGGGAAAAAUGACUUCUCAUCCGAACUUGAGAAAACUAUUGAUGACCCAUAUGAGGAUAUUGGUAUCGAAGGCCUUGGUGAAACGUCCCCUGAAGUUCAACAAUAUAUUCAUCAUCUGCAGUCUCAUUUAUCUUCUGCAAAAAAGGAACUCUGUGAAGUUAAGAGGAAAAGUGCUGCUCUUCAAAUGCAACAGUUUGUUGGAGAAGAAAAGAAUGAUUUGCUGGACUACUUAAGAUCCUUACAACCUGAGAAGGUAGCUGAACUAUCGGAGCCUACAUCGCCUGAAUUGAAAGAAACAAUCCACUCUGUGGUCCAUGGUCUCCUUGCAACCCUUUCCCCAAAAAUGCAUUCUAAAGCUCCCCCUUCAUUGGAGAACACCACAACUGGAGCAGUGAAUAUUGGGAGUGAAGAUUUUGCUGAACUUGUGGAAAAUACUUCACUUCAGUUCCAGCCACACAUUUCGCUAACAAGGGACUAUCUGGCUCGUCUUCUUUUCUGGUGCAUGCUGUUAGGACACUAUCUUCGAGGUCUAGAGUAUCGGAUGGAGCUGAUGCAACUUCUUUCAUUGACAAUUGAUGCUGAAAAUAAUGUAUGUGGUGAUGGACAAGUUGCUUGAGAUUUACUGUCUAUUACAAAUGCUUCCAUCUGUACAUAGACGAGUUGAUUGGUGUAUACAACGUUUGUUUUCCAACAAGAAGAAGCUGAAAGUGAUCUAUAAAUGUAGGCCACUUAAGCUUUUGCGAAUGGAGAUUUCAUUAAUGUAUAAAAGGAUACGUCUUCUUUAUUUGAAUUAUGGAUAUAUUGAUUA